AUGGCUAUUAAAAUUGGUAUUAACGGUUUCGGUAGAAUCGGACGUUUAGUCUUGAGAGUUGCUUUGCAAAGAAAGGACAUUGAAGUUGUCGCUGUCAAUGAUCCAUUCAUUGCUCCAGACUAUGCUGCUUACAUGUUCAAAUACGACUCCACCCACGGUACUUACAAGGGUGAUGUCAAAUCCGAAGGAGACAACUUGAUCAUUGAUGGUCAAAAGAUUGAAGUUUUCCAAUGCAAAGACCCAGCUGAAAUCCCAUGGGGAAAAGUUGGUGUUGAAUACGUUAUUGAAUCAACUGGUGUUUUCACCAAGAUUGAAGGUGCUAAGAAACACAUUGAAGCAGGUGCUAAAAAAGUCAUUAUUACUGCUCCAUCAGCUGACGCUCCAAUGUUUGUUGUUGGUGUCAAUGAAGACACCUACACCCCAGACUUGGACAUUAUCUCAAAUGCUUCAUGUACCACUAACUGUUUAGCCCCAUUGGCCAAGAUCAUUAAUGACAGCUUUGGUAUUGAAGAAGGUUUGAUGACCACUGUCCACUCAAUGACCGCUACCCAAAAGACCGUUGACGGUCCAUCCCACAAGGACUGGAGAGGUGGUAGAACUGCUUCUGGUAACAUUAUCCCAUCCUCAACCGGUGCUGCUAAAGCUGUUGGUAAGGUUAUUCCAGCUUUGAAUGGAAAAUUGACCGGUAUGUCCUUGAGAGUGCCAACUGUUGAUGUUUCAGUUGUUGACUUGACUGUCAGAUUGAAGAAACCAGCUACAUACGAAGAAAUUGCUCAAGCCGUCAAAAAGGCUUCAGAAGGUUCAAUGAAGGGAAUUAUGGGUUACACUGAAGAAGCUGUUGUCUCAACUGAUUUCUUGGGUUCCCCAUACUCUUCAAUCUUUGAUGAAAAGGCUGGUAUCUUAUUGAGCCCAACUUUUGUCAAGUUGGUUUCAUGGUACGAUAACGAAUUUGGUUACUCUACUCGUGUUGUUGACUUGUUGGAACACGUUGCUAAAGUUUCAAAAUAA